ACAAAAAUGUCAGACGAACAAGGAAAUGCGUAUUUUGACUGCGUAAAAUUUGUAUAAAAAAACUGUAAAUUACAUUUACAGACCUGUAAAUAGACUGUAAAUAACUUCAAUGUAAAUAUUGUAGCAUGUUUUAGUGAUACUACAGUACGCUGAAGUAGAGUUGUGUUUAUGAAAAGUCACAAUAAACUACGACCCGAAUUUUGUGCGAAUUUUUAGUGAAGUGAAUAUUCCGAAAACGACAUAGAAAUCCGAAACCUCGUAAUAUUAACUAAACAGACAUGGUAGUUCGCUGGACGAACCUCGCAUUGUUUACGUAGAAGAGCACAAUGGGACAGCAGACGUCAAGGAAAAGCGGUGAGUGCACCUGCGGUUGCGGCGCGUGGGAGCGGCGACGAUACGUGGAUGAGGCGCCCAGCAGUGUACAUCGAUACGUCAGCGCCGUAACCGACAGAUGGCGCGGCGGCGAGUGCGCCUGCCGGCGCCGGCGCUGGCGCCGCGCGGGCUGCGUGUGCACGGCGUACCGCCGCGUGCCCGACGAGCGCCACGAGCGCCUCGCCACCGUGCUCACCAUAGGCGCCAGGGACCUGCGGCGCGAACUCGACGCCAUCGUCAUUAACACAGACGGCGAUACUGGCAGGGAGAAUGGAGAGCCCACAGCCGAAGUAUAUGUGUUGUCCGUCGCUCCUAGAUCGGCCGAGGGAGAUACGACUUCCGAGAAUGGUCGCGAGCUCACACCAGCCAAUGAUGGCUCCAUACGGCUGCAUCCACACUUCCAGGUUGUGUGCGGCGGCGAGCUCCGAGCGCUGUUGCUGCGGGCGCCCGCCAUGCCGCAGCCGCCGCUGCCGCCGCCCACCAAAGUGCACACACAGGUGGACUAUAUACACUGUCUAGUGCCGGACCUUCAGGAGAUCACGGCGUGCUCGUUCUACUGGGGCAAGAUGGACCGCUAUGAGGCGGAGAGACUGCUGGACAACAAGCCAGAAGGCACAUUCCUCCUCCGCGACUCGGCACAAGAGGAGCACUUGUUCUCAGUGUCGUUCCGCAAGUACGGUCGGUCGCUGCACGCGCGCAUCGAACACUACCAGCACCGGUUCAGUUUCGAUUCGCACGACCCCGCCGUCUUCGCGGCUCCCACAGUCACCGGGCUCAUCGAGCACUAUAAGGACCCGGCAUGCGUGAUGUUCUUCGAGCCGAUGCUGACGGCGCCGCUCGCUCGGUCGCAGCCCUUCACGCUGCAGCAGCUGGCCAGGGCGGUCAUCGUGUCGCAUACCACAUACGAUGGUGUGGAGAAGCUCCCGCUGCCGGGGCGGCUGCGCGCCUACCUCAAGGAGUACCACUACCGCCAGCGGGUGCGCGUGCGCCGCCUCGAGCACGACCUCUACGACCCGCACUGCUAGCUCGCGCUCCACUGCUGGCCGUGGGACCCACACUGCUAGCCCACACUCCACUGUUGGGAGUGAGACCCACACUUCAAAGCUGAGUGUGGGACCCGCACUGGGUGUGUGAAAAGGACACAAUCAGCGUUUCAUCUUAAAAGCAUUUGUGAUUUGUUUACAUCGCUACUUCUUUUAUAUGCGCAAAAUGUCAAAUAGCAAUAUUGCUUUUUAGAUGAAAUGCUUUAUGGCAUUUUUAGACCACCGGUAGCGUCCCGCUCAGCAGGUAGAAGGUGAUCGGAUACCCUAGUCGAGGGAUUUAUUCAUUCGAUUUUGACUUGAUAUCGUGGUCGAUGGAUUUAGCAUUUGGCUUGACGUCGCAGUGGAUGGAUUUGAAGUGAAGUGGGAACAAUUUUUUCAAUACUAAUAUUAAUACAAAAGUGUGUCUGUCUUACCUGUGGAGGUAGGAAGAAUAACAAAAAUUUCAUAAACAUAAACAAGGUAGUAAUUUUUGUUUUAUAGUGAAAACCACGCGCCAUUUUGAAAAAUCAUUAUCCGAUGUGAUUCUCCAUGGUAUAACAAAACCAGCGGGCCUAGCACCGUAAGCACGCGACUCUAUCUCGCCGCGACAGAGAUCGUCUGUCUCUUUCGUGCAGUACUGUGAGAGAGUGAUGGGUGACGUAUGUCGAGGCGAGAAAGAGUCUCGCGCUUGCGGUGCUAAGCCCGCUGGUAUGCUCAAUCCUAUGACAAGCCGCCAUUGCUAGCCCAUUGAUGACGUAAGUGUUACCAUUAAAUUGGUAUCUCCAACAUUCCAAGGACUUAAAUUUUAUUACUAAAAAUUAAGCGAAUUGCCGACUAACGUACUUAAUUACUGUCACUUGACAUUUAUAUAAAAAUAAUUGAAAUUGCCUUACAAAGUAAAUUGAACAAUGGUGCUAGUUCCUGCAGACGCCAUCUAAUUUUAUUUUAAGUUAUACCUGUCAUUUUCUUAUCCGCUGAAAAAGAUAGGGACAGGUAAUCGAUAGGCAUAAAAUUUAUGCAACACACGUAAAUUUUAAGUAGACAGCACGUCAAACGGAUUGCAUACCAGCGAGAUGCCUAUUUUAUUCGCCCGAGUUAUUCAUUCGUUUUAAAAUUAACUUGUUGACAAUCAUCCGUCCCUUACCUUUUCGGCGGAUAAGAAAAUGACGGGUAUAACUUAAAAUAAAAUUAAGAGGUGUCUGCAGGAAUCGGGGCCAAUGUAAAAUUUGGUUGUGGUUAAUUUAUUUUUUUACAAAAUGGCAACUCAGGGCGGAUGACGUCAGCUGGGCUAACCUUGAAAUGUUAGCUGUCAGUUUUGAGCAUACCUGGUCUUGCUAUACCAUGUGAUUUUACCAACCAGCUUAAAAGGCUACUAGGCCAGUGCCGUUAAACCUUUUCCAAAAAAAAAGAUAAAAAUGUCGACUUAAAAUUAUCUUAGUCACGCGAGAUUAAUACAUGGAAUUCACAUUCGAAUGUGACUUUAACACAAUUAUUUUUAUUUAUUUUUUUAUUUUUUUUGUGUGGUUUUCACUAUAAGAUGGCAAAGGUUUACCGUCAAUCAACCGGAGGGGGUAUGGAGCAUUCCACGCUGCUCCACUGCGGGUUGGCAUGUUAUAAUCAUUUGCGAGGCGUGAUAUUAAAAUUACUUACAGCAAGAUGCUGAACAAAAUGUAACUUAACGUUGCAACAACGUUUACUUUAAAACGGCGACAAAAGCAACACUGUCUUGGCGGACAUUGAACUUUCAAUAAAAAAAAUUGCUACGAAAAGAAAAUGGGCGAAUUUGUCUACCUACUCAAUACUCAAAUUAAAAAGUAUCUUUAUUCUGCUUCUAUCGUGUGGGUUGUGUUGGUAAUCCACUCCAUCAACCCUGGUGUCAGGGUUACUAUUGAGCCGCCAAAGGCCCCUCACAUGGCUCAUGUAACGACUAUUUACAAUAAGUAGUAACCGGGACCAACGGCGUAACGUGCCUUUCGCACGGAUCAUCUUUUCGUAAGGUGAUCAGCCUGCAAUGUCCUAACACUAAGAAGACAUCAUCAUCUUCACAGUUUUUCACAGGGUCCGCUUACCUAACAUGAAGAUUAGACAGGUCCGGUUUUUCACAGAAGCGACUGCCUGUCUGACCUUCCAACCCGCGAAGGGAAAACCAGCCCUAAAAAAACACGACACCAAGUUUGAUGAGGUCGAUCACUGACCUCAACCCACACGAUAGAAGAUGCUUCAGAAAAUAAAGUAUAUUUUAGUCUAUUUGGGUUCAGUAGUUAAAGUCCAAUCUGUGAGACACUAUUUAUUAAUUAAUAAAAUUCGCGCACACGCAUCCGAUAUAUAAAAACAAUACCACAGAGAGAGAGAUAGAGCACAGACAAAAUAUAUGGCCGCGCACAGCGCAUAGACAAAAGAUAAUUGUUAAGGUUCUGGUGAAACAAACCAUAAAGUAGAGCAAAUGUUAUCUAAGAGUUUACACACACUGACAUGACAUAAUUAUAAAAUAAAGGAUAUGCGCGGCGGAAAUAACUACUGGCGGAAACGACAGGGCAGGGUGCCUCUGGUCGCCCUGAGGGGACGGUCCAAAGAGGUGUCACUCACUAUAAUAUGAAAUUUAAUAUCCUUGUUGGUUUGUUAGUGUUGAGUAGAUAGACCAACUUGCCCAUUUCUCUUUUACGCCAAGGCAGUGUCGCAGGUAUAUAUUGAGGGACUUAGGUUACGUUCCCCGAACAAAAUAUAGAUGGCGGUGUACAGAUUAAAAAAACGUGAUAAUUACAUAUUUUCUCAUUACUCGGGUACAUAAUUAUUAAAAAAUAUAUUUUAGUGGUUAGUUAAGCAACUUUCGCAAAGGCCGGUCAUAAAUUUGGGUGACCACAAAAAAAAGUUUUCAUCUCGAGCUCCACCGUGCUUCGGAAGGCACGUUAAGCCGUUGGUCCCGGCUGUUCUAUCUAUCGCAAAAGGUUUAAAGAAAGGCAAAUCUGUACAGCGCCAUCUAUAUUGUCUUUGAGAAACGUAGCCUGGAAAGUUCUUCAUUAUUAAUAUAAAAAAAGUAUUUUUCAAAUGUAAAUAUUUGUACUUUGUAAGACACUAGAAGGCGAUAGUUGAAGCGUUUGUUUAAAAAAAAGUUAUAAAUUUCAUGUGAUUUGUGUUAAAAUUUAAUGCUCAACAUUUUGUUAAUACAUAGAAAAACGUGAUAUAAAAUGUCGGACUUAUUAUUACGUUUUUUUUUUAUUAAAAUUUUUACAACUUUAUUUUUUUUAUUAAUAAGUUAAUAAGAAAAAAGAAAAUGUUUUUCCUUAGUUUUAGAUCGGUCUUUAUUUAGUAAUCAGAAUUUCAUAAUUUAUCUUGAACCUAGUACACGACCCAAUUUUAUCAGGUUGUGCAUGUCAGCACUAUUGGAAACCACGUGAUAUCAAUCAUCAAUGAUGAUAAAAAAAAAAACUACUGGUGGAUUGGGGUCUCCAUUUAAGCGACAUAGCCUGUGUUUGGAGGCCCCGCUUUUCCAUACAUACAUACAUAAACUCACGCCCGUAAUCCCUAACGGGGUGGGCAAGCCACAAGUAAUCAAAGACAACUUGCAGCCACUGUUGAUACGAUGUCGUAAGCUGGAUAUGACUAUGGCUUUUCCAUUAUUACAAAUAAACCCAAACAUGAAUUCAAACUCAUGAAAUCGCGUUCAGUGGUUUGGAGCGCAAGUCGGGAAUCGAACCCGUGACCAUACGAUGAAAGUCACGACAUCUCCGAAUGGAGUCAUUCUGAAAAUAAUACAGGUUGUUAGUGACAUCGUAACGAAAAAUAUGGGGGAUGAUUCUCCAAACAGCGCUAUCGCAGUAAAUGUUUCUUAUCACGCUCAACCCUUAUUGGGUUAGGCAACGAGGACCAAUUAGAUAACACAUAACAUAAGCUAACGACUAUAUCCCAAUUGGGGUAGUCAGAGGUACAUCCAUCGCAAGAUGAACUGAGUACCCACACCUCGCCGCUCUCUCUGUGAGACCAACGUGAUGGCUCAUUAGAUAUUUGAGCAUUAAAUUUUAACACAUUUUACUCGUAAAAUACAACUUUUGAGUAAUAAAUAUUAUAUAAAAAAAAAAUAUUUCUGAAACUCUCAUGUGAUAGAAUAAAUGCUUCAACUAUCGACUUUCAGUUUGAUAACGAUUUUAUCAAAAUUUUAGAUACUUUAUCGUGCUAAUUCCAAACACCUAAUUACACAGCACCUAAAUUUAUUUUAAGUUAUACCCGCCAUUUUCUUAUCCGUCGAAAUAGAAAGGAACGGAUGACUAAUGGCUGUUCAUUUUGAAAUUGAAUGAAUAAACCGGCCGAAUCAAGGUAUCUCGCUGGUAUGCAAGCCGUUUGACGUGUGCUGUCAACUUAAUUCUGUCGGGAUAUUGGCCGAUGUAAUUUUUUUAGAGAGUCGUUUUAGAUUUCCGUCUCAAAUGCACGUGUGCAUAAAUAUUAUGCCUGUCGAUUACCCGUCCCUUUCCUUUUCGGCGGAUAAGAAAAUGACAGGUAUAACUUAAAAUAAAAUUAGGUGGUGUUUACAGGAAUUAGCACAUGUAUAGUUUUAUGUAAAGAAACAUGAGCGUAAAUCUAUAAGAAGUGUCUAUAUUUGAGUAAAAAUAGUCUAAAAAGGGGUUAUUAUUAAUUAUUAUUGAUAAUUAUAUAAUCUGUGAUGCGCCGUUCUCGGCGUUCCCAAAGUGGGAAUGUUCUCGUUGUAAAAACUCUUUAAUAGUAAGGACACUGACUUCUUUUCUUUUUCAAAUUGUUCUCUCUUGUACUCUGGUCUUAUCUAUACAUUGUUUUAAGUUUACGCGGUUAUUAUCAUAAUUAAAACACAUAAUAACGGGUUCUUACCGCGUUUAAAUAUCCCCAUUUAAACGCGGUAAGAACCCGUUAUUAUGUGUUUUAAUUCUUAUCUUAUCUGCCUAAAGGUUAGGUAGUAAGGCUGUUUUAACCUUUUUGCGCCUUUUACUGUCGGGAAUUUUCCCAGAGUGGGAAUAUUCCGCGAACGGCACAUCAUUGGAUAGAAUGGUAAAUAAUAAAAUAUUGUUAUUGUAGUAUAUAAGAUUUCUACUUAUUUAUACAGGGUGUUAGUGACAUCGUAACGAAUACUCAGGGGGAUGAUUCAGACCAUGAUUCCGAGUUAAUAUCAGGUGGAAUUUUUCGUCGCAAAAUUCAUGAUUUUUUUUUAGUUUUUUAAAAUUAUUUUCAAUUCUAUAUUUUUGCGAUGGAAAAUUACACUUGACAUUAACUCAGAAUAAUCAGCUGAAUCAUCCCCCUCAGUAUUCGUUACGAUGUCACUUACACCCCGCACAAGUGCAUACGGUAGCCAUACAAGUAGGUAUGGGUGUAAGUGACACCGUAACGAAUACUGAGGGGGAUGGUUCAGACAAUGAUUCUGAGUUGAUAUCAAGUGGAAUUUUCAAUCUGAAUAUUCAUGAAAAUUUUUGUGUUUUUUAUGAUUAUUAUCAGUUCCAUACUUUUGCGACGGAAAAUUCCACUUGAUAUCGUCUCAGAAUCAUGGCCUCAAUCACCCCUCAAAGUUUUCGUUACUAUGUCACUAACACGCUGUAUAUUAUACUAAGCCGAACUGAAAGGAAAAUCGAAUAAUUUUUGCUACUUGUCUAAUACCCUUUUUCUGCGUACAGUCAUGAGUCAUGAGCAAUAUAAUGUACCCACUUUCGGACUCUGUCGCACUAACAUAUUUGACAUUUAGUGAGACUUACAGUUCAAUUUGUCAAAUAAAUUAAUGUGACAAGGUUUUGUCGUGGGGGUACGCGUACUACUAAUUGGAAACCACUGUCAGGGUUACAGGGUUCCGUGUAAUUACUACUUAAUAAGAAAAUUAAAAAAAAAUACAUUUUU